UUUGCUGCUAUAACCAGCUGAUACGGAGACUAUGAACACGGAGCCUCUGAAGAAUUGUUGACGGUACAUGGAUACCCUGUCAUCGGCGAUAUGGCUGCAGAUUUGGUCUCGUACCCAUCCGGAGAUUGAGUGAGUAGGAUAUUUGAUCGUGUCACGACGCACAGGCCCGGGCUUUUUCACCCCCCUCACCCCCUGUCGCUCCACAUGAUGUUUCUUCGUCUUCCCACAUCAUCAUCUCCAUGGGCAUGAUGCUGUGUGCUCCACAGAUUGAGCUUUCUCACCUCACAUAGGCGACCCAUCAAAUCUGCAGGUACGACCGUGUGGAGGUUUGGAUAUAAAUGCAAGAAAGACAACAAGGAAUAAAGGGAGACAACUGAAACGACUUGAAUCAGAUCCAUAAAUAAAAGAACCCUGACAUUCAAAAGCCAGAUAUAGACUGAGGAAGAGCCGUAGAAUAAUUUGUGAAGAUGGGGUGUGGUCAGACGUCGUUUCUCAUGGACUCUACAGUUCACCCCUUCAGCCGCCGAUCAAAGCAGGAUUCUCCGCGCUAAAACCCAAAGCAGCUUAUUUCACCUGCUAGAGGAGCCCCCACCCUCGGUGAUGUGAUGAAUAAGUUUGAAGUCCUUGGCAUUGUGGGAGAAGGAGCAUAUGGAGUGGUGCUCAAGUGCAGGCAUAAGGAAACCAAUGAGCUGGUGGCCAUUAAAAAAUUCAAAGACAGCGAAGAAAAUGAGGAGGUCAAGGAGACGACGCUUCGGGAGCUGAAGAUGCUCCGGACCCUGAAGCAGGACAACAUCGUGGAGCUGAAGGAGGCUUUUCGCAGGAGGGGGAAACUCUACCUGGUCUUUGAAUAUGUGGAGAGGAACAUGCUGGAGCUUUUAGAGGAGCUGCCCAACGGUGCACCGCCUGAUAAAGUCCGCAGCUACAUCUACCAGCUCAUCAAAGCCAUCAACUGGUGUCACACCAAUGAUAUAGUCCACAGAGAUAUCAAGCCGGAGAACCUCCUCAUUAGCUCCGAGGAUGUUCUCAAACUCUGUGACUUUGGUUUCGCUCGUAACCUGUCUGAAGGAACAGAUGCCAAUUACACUGAGUAUGUGGCUACAAGGUGGUACCGCUCUCCUGAGCUGCUGCUGGGGGCUCCCUAUGGGAAGGCGGUGGACAUGUGGUCGGUGGGGUGUAUCCUCGGGGAGCUGAGUGACGGACAGCCUCUGUUUCCAGGGGAAAGUGAGAUGGAUCAGCUCUUCACCAUUCAGAAGGUUUUGGGGUCGCUUCCUGCAGAGCAGAUGAAACUCUUCUACAACAACCCUCGCUUUCAUGGAAUCAGAUUUCCCUCAGUUACUCAUCCUCAGACUUUGGAAAGAAGGUACCAAGGCAUCUUGAGUGGUUUGAUGUUGGAUCUGAUGAAGAGCCUGUUGCUGUUGAAUCCUACUGAGCGUUACCUGACGGAGCAGAGUCUGAACCAUCCAGCCUUCCAGCCUCUGAGGCAGGCGGAGAGAGAGAGGCCUCCUCCUGCCUCGCCCAACCCACCGCGCUCUUCCAAGAGGAAAACACACCAUCACGGAGAGAACACAGUUCCCACAAGGAGUCACACUAAGAGCACGAGCCGUCGCUCCAACGCUAAAGAAUGUUCCAGCCUCCCUCGCCAUGGGGACCUCCAUCACCUCGGCAACAAGAGUUUCCUCAACGGGAACAAACCUGCCCCGUCCAGUUUGAGCCCAACGCUGCACCCCAAGGCCCAGUACAUGUCCCAGACCCUCAAUCGCUCUGCCUCCUCCAACAAAGACCUGGCUAACAACAACCUGCCCCCGCUGCUCAGUCCCAAAGAAGCCAAAGGCAAGACUGAGUUUGAUUUCAAUUUGGGACCCUCGACAAAGCUGCUUGACCACGGGGCCAAGUAUGGCCACAGCAAACCCAGCUCCUCUCGCUCUCAGCAGCAGCAGCAGCAGCAGCAACAACAGCAGCAGCAGCAAUUGCAGCAGCAGCAAUUGCAGCAGCAGCAAUUGCAGCAGCAGCAGUUGCAGCAGCAGCAGUUGCAACAGCAGCAGUUGCAGCAGCAGCAGCAGGUCGGUCGCCAUACCUUCCUGGAAGGGAAGAACAACACACUGCAGUCUGGAUCAGAGAAGCAACAUGGCCGACAUGCCGCCCACAGCAUGGCAGAAUCCUCCCAUGGCUCCAUGUCCUCCUCUUCGAAGAGUUCAGCAUCCUAUCUCAGCCUGUCCAAGAGCCACAGCGCACUGAGUGAUGCCAAAUCUGUCGGGAACCUCAGCGACGGGCGGCUCCACCUAGAUGACCCAAACUCCAACACAACAGCAGGGGCAGGCCCUGGGGCCCGCUUCUUCCCCGCCAGCUGUUUAGACCUCAACGCUCCUCCAGGUCCCCAGGGGCCCCCCGGCAGCCCCUCUGCUCGGCACACUGAUAGGUCUGGGCACAGCCCCGCCUCUCGUAGCAGCGGCAACGUCCGCAUGGAGAGCAGCACACUGGACUCCUCAUCCAGACACAAAUCCAGACAUAAAACUUUAGCACCAGAGGAGGCCGGUGCUCCAGAUCUCUUGGACCCCGGAGGAGCAGGGAUGCCCUCCACUCACACCCUGCCUUCCCCACACGAGUCUUAUCACUACGGCCUGGGCUACACCUCGCCCUUCUCCUCCCAGCAGCGGCCUCAGCGCCACUCCAUGUAUGUGAGGAGGGAGCGCCACCGACCACACCCUAUGGAGGGGGGGUUGGCGGUCUUGCCUACACCCGGGCAGGCGAUACCAACACGUGCCAGCAGCCUGCAGCUCCUCUCCCCCCAGCUGCAGCACCGCACCACCCUCACCGGACACUCAGUGAGCUCCUCCAGAGAGGACUGCAACGAGGACUUGACCAGGAGUGAGCAGUCACCUAAAGACAUGAGCCACCCUUGUGCCCCCAUCAAAGACUCUACGAGGGACAACACUGCUGCUUAUCAUACACAGCGCUCUAAAAACGAGGUCGGCAUGUAUCACGACCCUCAUGUUGAGGAUGUGGGAUCCUCCAAGGAGAACCGGAUGAUCUUCACUGAGUCCAUGCCUCGGAGAGUUGGCAGCUUCUACCGAGUCCCCUCCCCCAGACCCGACAACUCUUCCUCUUUCCACGAUGCUCUCGGUCAGGGUCGAGGGCCGGUUGUUUCCAAUUUGCCCGGAGACCCUGUCGUCAUGGUCAACCACUCCAAACGCCAGACGGCUUUUGACUGGACCGCAGCAGAAGCAAUGGUCAUGAAUCCUCCAGAGCCCGCCAAAGAGAAGGAGAAACAAGGCUUCUUUAGAGCCAUGAAGAAGAAAAAGAAGAAGACUCAAAUAGUUCCCGGAAACGGACAAGAACACCUGUCGCUGCAGAGGAGCUCCAAAUCCUCCUCUCACCACGGCAGCCGACGGAAAAACCGCGAGAGAUCCCGAGACAGAGACCGGGAGCGGGAACAGAGCCGGGACCGGGACAGGGACAGAGAGAGAGAGAGGGAACGGGAGAGAGAAAGAGAGAGAGAAAGGGAGAGAGAGAGGGAAAGAGGGAGGGAGCGAGAGAGAGUUAAUGACUGGCAAACAGACAAACCAGUGGACUCACACUCUCAGAGUCAACCACUCAAGUCCCUCCGCAGGCUCCUUCACCUCUCCCCUUCCUCCUCAAAUCAAGGACAGCCUCCUCCUCCUCCUCCAGACCUGCGCUUCCAAGCCCCCCUCCCCAACCCCCCUCAGCCCUCCUCCAAGUCGUGUUACCCUGAGGGCCGAGGGCACGCCGAGAGCAGGGGGCACCCCGGGGUGAGCAGCUCUGCUCAGCCUAAGAGCCGCAAGCCCAGCUACCCCCUCCCCGGACAGAUCGAGUCCAGCUGGCACGUGUCUGCUCUGCAGAGGGCGGAUGGCGCUCAGUUCACCCCCGAACAACUGGGAAUCAAACCGGGGCAGAACGGACCCACCUUUACCCGAGCGUCCCGUGUCAGGAUGCCAAACCUCAAUGACCUGAAGGAGACCGCGCUGUAAACCCCCCGCCCACAAAACUACACCACCUCCUAAACGUCUCUACCCUGGAAGCAUCUGCCAGAUGCAGACAUCAUGGUACUGUAGUACAAGUUUACAUGAAAGCCUAUUUCAUUGGAUCUAGUCUUCAUUCAGAAACAUAGUCAUCUGUUUUCUGGAAAAUACAAUGACCAGACACUGAAACAAAGGGAAGCAAAGAGAGGACAUGGCCCACUCUGUCUGGGGAUGCCAGUACUGUAUCAGCUGUGUGUGACUGUGUGUGUAACAAAGAGAGGACAGAUGAUCUUUAGUGGCCUCUUUGCUGCCAUCUUCUGCUCACAGGACUCUACAGCAAAGCGACUUCUGUCAGGCCGGUGGCCAAGACACUCAAAUGUUUUCAAGCUCUGUUAUUUGAUAAGAACAAAAAAAAAGUUUAUAUUAACAUUAUUUAUUGAAUAUGUAUUUGUUUUAAAUUUAAGGAUAUAAGCUAUAAAUGACACAGUAUGUAGGUUAUAUGGGAAUAUUGUAAGGUAAUAUAGAAUUAAAUGUGUAAUUGCAAGAGCUUUAGUUUCGACACAAAGAAAAGCAUAGAUAUGUAUGUGUUAAUAAUACAAUAUGUCAAAAAUUAUAUUUAAUAAUGGUGAAUGUCCUUUUUUGUUCAAUUUGAUAGGUUAUUUACCGAUUUUCACGCUUUAUCAUCUUAUUUUGACCAGUUUUUCUAUUUGUUUCAUCCACAUGUAUAGAAAUAUUGAUGAAUAUUGUUGCCCAAAGUAAAAAAAUUAUAUAUUUCACUUCACAGCUAGACUAAAUCUGCGCUUCACCAUCAUGACUUACAGUAAGUUUUGGAGUUUUGUGACAAGUUGGGCUAUUUGUCAAUAGGGUUAGGUAGCAGAACAUCAAUAGUGAGACUGUUAGGCUCUGUGCUUUACAUAAGAAAAUGUCUGAUCAUUAUAUGUCCCAUUCUUGGUGUCACCAUUUUUUAAAUGAGCCCCAUUCUCAGUUCAUUUAUCAGUGACAAGAGCUUUCCAGCGCCGUGCUGCCACCUGCUGUGCUGUUGGUUUGGUCUACAGCCCUAACAGCCGGUAAAAAACAUCAAGACUUUGGCGGCCUUUGGUGGUGAAAAGUAAGCCUUAUGAAAUGAGGCAGGACUAACUCAAGAACAACGUGUAACUGUGCAAAAUAGGAUGAGAGCAUUCUGCAAAAGGCAUACAUCACCAUACAACCUUUAAGUAAGGAAGGUUAAGUCUGCUGGUUUUUUAUAUUUCUUGUUUGUUGACAAAUCCCAUGAAAACAAAAAAAACAAUAAUAUAUUUAAUAUAUUAACAAAUCUUAAGCCGUUUUCAUAAAACUAAUAGGAAUACAUAAUUGAGCAAUUACCAUAAACAUGGGCACUGUAGUUUAAUUUGAAUCAAUCCCUCAUGCUGUCCCGCUGUUGUAUUUGCUCACCAUAGAACCAACUGUGUAUUAAUCCGCAGCUGAAAAUAGUUCCAACAAACUCACUGUUGACCUGACGUUUUGGUUUUGAAGAUCUGAUGAUCAAGUCCAGAAAAAAAAUGUCAACAACAUUGUGUGGAAUUAUUCAUAUUAUAUUCGCAGCCUGUAAUGUGAACACUUCAUUUCGUAAUUAUUUUUCUCACAACUUUUGAUAUUACAGAUCAUAAUAAUAAUAAUAACAAUAUAAUAGUUACGGCAAUGAUCACUUUCCAGUGAUUUAAAAUAAGACCGUUUCAGAGUGUUAUAACCUUUGUGCAUUGUUUUGGUAUCUAAUAAGCCUUAACACGCAAACAUUUCUUACUCCAACUGGCUCCCGUAUUGUAUUUCAAUACUCACUGGUACCUGAAGUAAUAUGCCCCCAGCUGUGGGUUUAUUCUUUUCAUGGGAUUGGUCAAAAUUAACAAAGAUGUUAAAUAACACAAGACUUAUCUUUUAAUGUUUACAUUUUUCAUGUGCAUUUUAAAAGCUUGUGUUUUCAAAGUGUUUGGAAAUGCCUUUUGUAAAUCUGAAUUUGGUUUUGCUACUGUAUUUGCAUUACAACUUUUAUUUUUUAAUAUUGAUAGUCAUAAUCAGGGAUGAUUUUACUUAACUAGGUUAUUCAUAAAAAGCAUUUAAUUGUUGUCUACUGACCUGUGGAUGAUUACAAACAAAUAAAAUAGAACAAAACACUGUUAGUGGCCUAGGAAAAAUAUACAGCAUCAUUUUCCUUCCAGUCUCAUCUCAACCCUUCUUCUUCUUCUUCUUCUUCUUCUUCUUCUUCUUCUUCUUCUUCUUCUUCUUCUUCUUCUUCUUCUUCUUCUUCUUCUUCUUCUUCUUCUCCUUCUUCUGUGGUUUUAAAGUUUAGUGGAGAAACUUUUAUAUCACAGGAGACAACAAAGAAGAAUGCAUGGAAAAACUCUAGACAUCUGUGGACUUUAGAGAAAAUGUUUGAGAAAUUCAUGUGUUUUGUUUCUCAUCUAUUGAGAGGAUGAAUGAACAAGCAAAAAAGGAAUGAACGAAUUGACUAUAUGGCAAUAACAUUCAGAAAGAGACUGAUGCAGAUUGUUCUGGCAAAGUUAAAAGGAGCCAAAUAGCACAGAAUAAUUGUCAUAAGGAAACUGUGAUGAAAGCAAGAAAAGUGUCCACAUAUAAUAUCAAGACAUCGCUCUGCAAUACACUUUUUAUUUACAAUUUCACCUUGAAAAUGACCCAGGGCUAUAAAACUGCCCAGUAUUGUUUAUUAUUGAGAAUCCUGGUUGCUACUGAUUGUAAAUGACUGCUGAAGUGGGUUUGUCUCUACUAUUAAUGGGACAUUGUGAAGACAAAGCUUGCCUUGCCAGUGACCCGAAGCCUUAUAUUAGCUUUCUGACUCAACACUUCAGAUGGAAACGAAGACAUGAACCCCAUGCAAGCCACAUACACUGACCACUGAGAUGAGAAGAAGACCUUUUGUUCAUGAAUAUGAAUGUGUUUCCUGAAACAUUCGUUCUUUUUUCAUUUAGCUGUUUCCCACUUCUUACAGGGUGUAAAUAGAAAUAAAAGAGUGUAUCUAUACUGACCAUUCUACUUUAAAUGAUAGGGUCUCAUAAUAAAAGCCAACUGUACAUUUUU